ACCUAAAUGAAAAAAAUGACCAAUCGUGCCGCACUCUUUUUUCUUAUUGAACGCAGAAUGGUGAAAUUUGUAAUUCUAUAUAUGUGGACUUCCUAUUUGCUCUUGGCAAAACUUGGCUUUAGUGUGUCUUCUAUUUUCAUUAAAACGAAAAAUAUUUUGUUAUCAGAAAAAGAUGAGAGGGACCUGGUAAUUUUACGGCAUGAUAUAGGAAUUGUUUGGCCUGAUAACAGAAAGGAAGUUAAGGGAAUUAAUUUGGUAGUUUACGGAGAUGCUAGUGAACAUUCUGCCAUGGCAAAAACUGUUGGAUACCCAGCUGCUAUAGCUACUAGAAUGAUUUUAGAUGGAGAAAUACAGCAGCGUGGAGUCAUUUUACCAUUUGCAACAGACAUUUACGAACCGAUUCUCUCUAGAUUACGAGCUGAAGGAAUAAUAAGCACUGAAACAUCAAAGAUAUUAUAAUUUUAAGAAAUGUUUUUUUUGUAAUACGAGUAAGGCUCAGACUGAGUUGUUUAUAACAUAAUGCCAAAAACAAGAAAAUAUACUAUUAUGAAAGUAUG